AUGGCGCCUAGUGCUGUUGGUCCGGUCGUGGGUGCUGCCACGGCACUUGCUGCCCACCACAUCCAUCACACGGAAUACCACGCUCCAGUCGCCGACGCCCCCGGUCUCCCCACUGGGUUUCCCGAGACAGUGGUCGACGAAUCAGCCUGGACCGGCCCGCAAUUCACCAAGGAGUCGCAAUACACCUACCACCUCACUAAUGCGGACCACAAGGAGCUGGCGGUUGCCCUCAAGCACUUCAAAGCACUGGGCCUCGACGGUGAUCUUGUCCACAGAGACAACUUCCCUCUUUCCAGCCUUGGCGUCAUCCUAGAUCGUAUUGCCAGUGAUGUUCAUCACGGUAAGGGUUUUGCUGUGGUCCGCGGCAUUGAUCCGCAGAAGCAUUCGGUCGAGGAUCUUACGACACUGUAUCUUGGUAUUCAAGGGUACAUUGCCAACCAGCAUGGCCGUCAGGACAAGAAGGGAAACAUGCUUGUCCACAUCGUUGCCGACAACACAAGCCAAGUCAAGGCUGAUCACCAUCGCCAUUCAACUUCAGCCAUUACCUUCCACAACGAGGAAUCAGGCGAUGUGGUCAGCUGGUUGACCCGGAGUACUGCUGCGACUGGUGGCAAAUGCAUCAUUGCCUCUGCUCAUACCGUCUACAAUGUGCUCGCAGCCACUCGACCAGAUAUCAUCCGCACCUUGUCCCGUUCAGACUGGCCCUUUGCUCUACCCAAGUUUCAAUGUCGCCCAAUUCUCUUCCACCAUGAAGGGAAGAUUAUCAUCAACUUUGGACGUACUCCCCUCAUGGGGAACUCGGCCCACCCUCGGCCCGCUCAUUUCCCGUCAUUGACGCCUCGCCAAGUUGAGGCUCUCGACGCCAUCGAGAGCAUUGCCAAGGCAACCCAAAUGGAGAUCCAGACUCGAGCCGGCGACAUUCACUUUGUUAACAAUUUGGCCAUCCUUCACCGUCGUGAGGCGUUCACCAAUGGCCAGGGCCCCGCUGAGAAGCGUCAUCUCGUUCGGAUGCGUGUGCGCAACGACAGGCUCGGCUGGUCCAUACCUCAUGAGCUCAAACGCGAGUGGUUCGACGCUUUCGAGAAGCCUGCUGACCGUGUUUGGCACCUAGAGCCAAUGCCCGACGCUUUCUUUCCUUUGAGAAAAUAUCCCAACUGA